ACGUCUCAGUGUGAGAUAGCUAGGCCGCGCGCCGGUUUUCUUAUUAACGGCCAACAUGGCGCUUACUGGGCUCGCGCUGCGCAGUGUAGUGGCGUUCCCGAGGCCACGGCUACGUUUCGCUUCAGGGUCUUUGUUCCGCAGGCACGCGGCGCAUUUCACUUUUCAGCCGGACCCAGAGCCCACCGAGUAUGGCCACACACAGAAAAUGAACCUCUUCCAGUCUAUAACAAGUGCCUUGGAUAAUGCCUUGUCCAGAGAUCCAACAGCAGUAAUAUUUGGUGAAGAUGUAGCCUUUGGUGGAGUCUUCAGGUGCACUCUUGGUUUGAGAGAUAAAUAUGGUAAAGACAGAGUGUUCAAUACUCCUUUAUGUGAACAAGGAAUUGUAGGAUUUGGCAUUGGAGUUGCAGUCUCUGGUGCUACAGCCAUUGCAGAAAUACAGUUUGCUGACUAUAUUUAUCCUGCCUUUGAUCAGAUCGUUAAUGAGGCAGCAAAGUAUCGGUAUCGCUCUGGAAAUCUCUUUGACUGUGGAAGCCUCACUAUAAGAGCCCCUUGGGGUUGUGUGGGUCAUGGUUCAUUAUAUCAUUCUCAAAGCCCUGAAGCCUUUUUUGCUCAUUGUCCAGGACUAAAGAUUGUUGUUCCAAGAGGUCCUGUUGAAGCCAAAGGAUUAUUGCUAUCAUGCAUAGAAGAUAAAAACCCUUGUAUAUUCUUUGAACCUAAAAUACUGUACCGAGCAGCAGUGGAGCAAGUCCCUGUAGAACCAUACUACAUUCCACUUUCUCAGGCAGAAGUGCUUCAGAAUGGAAGUGAUGUUACACUGGUGGCCUGGGGUACUCAGGUUCAUGUUAUCAAAGAGGUAGCAGCUAUGGCUCAAGAAAAGCUUGGUGUGUCCUGUGAGGUAAUUGAUCUGAAGACUAUUCUGCCUUGGGAUGCAGAGACUAUAUGCAAGUCAGUGGCAAAGACUGGACGAUUGCUGAUUAGCCAUGAAGCCCCUGUUACAGGAGGUUUUGCAUCAGAAAUUAGCUCCACAGUCCAGGAGGAGUGCUUCUUGAAUCUAGAAGCGCCUAUUUCAAGAGUGUGUGGUUAUGACACUCCAUUUCCUCACAUUUUUGAGCCAUUCUAUAUCCCAGACAAAUGGAAAUGCUAUGAUGCACUUCGAAAAAUGAUAAAUUAUUGAUCAUGCAGGUAAGAAGAACAAGAAGAGAAGGCAGUCACUGGCUACCGAACUAUUAGCAUAAACUGGGAUCUUUUAAAAAAAUGUAGAGAAGUAUGUGAAAUUAUUUUCUCAAAUGCAUUAAUUUGGACUCAUCUUGGCUAUUCAUCAAAAGCUAUAAUUUCUGCCAGCUGCAGAAUCAAGAAUGGGCAGGUGACUACUGGAAAAUCUUCCCCUUUAAUUGUGGACAUGAUGAGGGUGCUAAAAUAAUAUACCAUAUCAAUUAAGUCUUGGGUUGCACUCAGUAAAGAUGGAGGGUUAGAUCCAAAGCUGCCAUUCUACUUACGCAAAAAAAUCUACUUGCGCAACGGAACUUCUCUCCCUUACAGUACCCUGCAUAUCUUCUGGAGCAGAUUUUGGGAAUGCACAGGAAGAGGCGAGGAAGAGGGGAAGCCCUGUUGUGUCCAGCACUGGAUUCCACCUACUGUAAUUAGGAAACCUUUGGUGUGCAAUUUCUUUUGCCUUAAUUAAUAAAUCUGUGUUUACACUGAUUUAACAAUAGACCUCUGUGUAUAAAAUAAUAUUGACAGUGGUUGUACAUUUUGGCAUUUAUUUAUUUAUUUUAGACCCCCUUAUGUCAAUGAUAUAAGCUGACACUUUUUUAAAAAAGCCAUGUAUCCUUAAGUUGGCUUUGUAAGACACUCUGUGAUCCAAAAUUAAAAUGAACAUGAUUCUCAAA